AUGUGCCAUAACGACAUUGAUGGCAUCAGCCCAGACCGAGGUCUGAUUGGGAUGGGAUCAUGUCGGCCAUUCUCAAGGCAAACCGGUGAAUCCUGCCAGGAAACCAUCGCUCUGGAACGAAUCAGUUCCUACCGUCUUCAACAGCGGGAAACAAGGGGAUCAUCUCGAGCAUGUUCAGACCAGAAGCAAUGGCUGCCUAUGGGGGCGGGCAAGCCAUACCCUCCUUCGCCAAUAGACCCAGAAGUUUACGUGGUAGAGUUUGAAAAUGCGGACGAUCCUAUGCAUCCCCAAAACUGGCCGAUGAAAGAAAAGUAUACUUUGUCCUUAGCGAGUAUCCUCUCUCCUCACUGA